GAGCGCGUAAACCGUAUCCCUUCAUUCAUCAGGCCGUUUCCUGAAGCCAUUUCUGGACGGGAGAAACGAGAGUUGCGCUACUUUUUAAUCCGUUGCAUCUGCCUAAAUGCACGUUCUUAAAGAAAAAUACUUGACAGAAGUCGAUGGAUCAGACUUCCAGCUUCACUUCGGUCUGAUUAUUUUUGAAAUUAUUGCGGCGGAUUAGCGGCCACACGGGCUCGAAAGUACGGAGACGAGAAAGGGGUUACCCCGAGUACGCAAGAUGAGAAGAGGGCUCUCCUCGGCUCCGGACAAAGUGAUUUUAGCGGGGGUCGGGGGCUCUGCUCUGGACAAUAAUAUCAUUUUAACCACGCUCUCGGAUCGUUUAAACCCGGGACAAGCCAACGCGACGUACUUCCAAAUAAUCACCACCUCACCGCCUUGCAACGUUACACAGACAUCAAAUGUGUGUUUAUCCGAGCCGCAGAUAAACAACAUUUACACAACUCCACAACAGGCUGCAGCAAACGGAGGGGGACAACGACCGGCUCUGGGGAGACCGCCGGCAAAAAGGCGGUUGGCGCUCGAUGAUUCAGAUCACCAGUACCAGUCAGAAACAACCAGAACUCCCAGAAGCCGAGGAGCGGCAGCAGCGACCAAUGGAGGAAGGUUAAAGACACCAAGAACACCCAAAUCUCCCCCAGAGAAGACGCGGUACGACACCUCCCUGGGCCUUCUAACAAAGAAGUUUGUGGACCUCCUUGCUCAGUCUUCCGAUGGCGUCUUGGACCUCAACCUCGCUGCUGAAACCUUACAGGUUCAGAAGAGGCGGCUUUAUGAUAUCACCAAUGUACUCGAGGGCAUUCACCUCAUCAAGAAGAAAUCAAAGAACAACAUUCAGUGGAUGGGCUGCAGUCUGUUAGAGGUCGAGGGAGCGUUGAGCCAGAGACAGCGGCUGACCACAGAGGUUUCUGCGCUGGGAGAAGAAGAACAGAGGCUCGAACAACUCAUCCAGAGAUGCAGCCUGGAUAUGAGACACAUGAGCGACUCGCAGAGCAACCAGAAAUAUGCCUAUGUAACAUACCAAGACAUGAAGCAGCUGGGAAACCUCAAAGAUCAGACUGUUAUUGUUGUGAAAGCGCCAACAGACACCAAACUAGAAGUACCAGACCCUGAUGAGAGUUUGUCCGUCCAUCUGACAAGCACCAAAGGUCCUAUCGAAGUCCUGCUGUGUCCAGAUGAGGAGAAUGACCCCAGGAGUCCUGUAAAAAAUGGAAACACAGACAUCAACGGGAACUCUCCUUUUCUCAAAGUCCUUCAAGAUCCCAGCUGCACGGCCAAUUCUCCCGGCAACACCCUGGUUCCACCUUCCUCAACCUCAGCAGUCUCUGUGACGACUCUGUCCCCCAUUUCGUCCCCUUACACCAGUCUCCUCCAGCAGACAGAAGACCAGAUCCCUGCCUCCUUGGGGCCUUUCUUGAAUCUCGGGCCCCCGCUUCUGGACCAAGAGGACUACCUUUUAAGUUUGGGAGACGACCGGGGGAUUAGUGAUUUUUUCGAAGCCUAUGACUUUGAUAAAAUACCCUCCUGCCUGGAUGACCUCCUGUGCAGCUAGCAUUGGCUGACAGUAAUUCAGAUGAAGCGCAUGCGAGUGAGGUGGAGAAAAGUGAGGGUUUUUGAUGCCUGUGACUGACUGUGUAGUUAAAGGAAGCCAAUUUUAAAUAGAUGGGAGAGGAAGCGACGAGCACCCUUUUCAGUCCCGGUGGGAGGAAACGCCAUGUUCUCUUAUGGUCUGCGAGAUGAACAGCCUUGAAGCAUUUCACACGAAGACACGACUGAUCAGUGUGCAGACAUAUCCAUUAAUCCAGGUCUCAGGCUAUGUAAGGCCUCCAGUGUAGCUGAGCAUUGGUGGACAUCUUAAAGCCUUUUCUGUCUGGUUAAGCAUAAACAGCGAGGGGAAGGAUUUCCACCUUGCUUUGUUGUCUGAGGUUCACGUCACUGUACCGAGAGGAGUUUGAAAAUACCCCCACAUUACCUGGCAUUAACACACAUUCUCUGUGACUGGGCUUAGCAUCUAUGCCCCUGAGGUGCAUUUACAAUCGGUUAAACACUCUGAACCUUUGGUAAAACCCUCUCAAGAAGAUGAAAACUGUGUUUACUGUUAAAGGAUGCUGCAUCUGAGGAUUUGUCAGGCUUGUAAAUCUGUGUUUUGGCAACGAGAGAAUGUUGUUAGUUCCCACUGAUGCAUCUUUUGUCAGUUUUCCAAAUUCUUCCUGUUAAUCCAUCCUGAGAUGUAACCGCAAGUUUAAAAUGUGUUAAUGUCAAGUGUAUUGGCGCAGAAGAGAUGCUAAAGAAAUCUAAUGAUUGGAUCUGUGAUUGACUGCUCAUACUGUUGGCUGUUUGAAAGGCAUUUCUCAUUGUUCGAAUGUAGACAAUUUUAGAGGUUAAAAUAAAUAUGAAAUGGAAAAUGGGGCAAUUCUGGUGCGAAUCAUCCAUGUAACGGUUGUUUAUUUACCUUUGGGUUAGGCCGGGUUAGGCUUUGGUCCCCUCUCGUGACCGACACGUGUCAGGAUGGUUCUGAUGUACUUUAAAUCUCUAUUUAGAGUGGUAUGAGGGACUGUGUUUGGUGUGCCUCAGGUAAAUUUUCAAAUUUAAACUGUAAAAAAAAAAGCUAUGGUAUGUGCGGCCUAAAUGCUCUUAAUGAAGACGAGCAUGCAGUCUUUUAUUUUUUUAAACCUGAAGCCCUGAUCAGCCGUACACCUGCUGAUCGAUUGGCCAUCCUGCAAUGACAAAUGAAAACGUUGAACAAAGAGAUUUCUAACCUUGCAUAACAGAGGCCAAAAAAGCCCUCCCUCCUGGGUAGAUUUGGAUUAAACAAAAACACCUGAUGUACAAACUUGAAAAUCGUUCUUAAGUCGUCCAUCCUUAUCCCUAUUUGUGAAUUCAUUACCGAAACUCCCUCUUUCUCGCUUCUUCUCACACGUUCCUGCCAUAGUAAUCAGAAGCUGCUAUAACAAAAACUUCCCUUAAAGCCUCCUAAGUUAGACUGUUUGCUGUGAAAUUACACUGUGGUUUGAGCUUAUCACAAACAUUUGACUUUGAACCACUUGAUGCACACGCUGCCCACUCAGUGUGGACUGAAAGCAGUGUAGGAAAGAGGACAGGUGAGUAUUAGUCUUUUUAGGUUUAGUAAGUGUUGAAUUUUAAUGGAUUUUAAUACUGUAGAAUUAUCUAAUUAUAUCAUGGUCACCUAAGAAGCUGCCACUAAAUUAGGCUUGAUUGAAGGGCUCUUUUCACCAUUUCAAAUUCAGUGCCGCAAAGUCUUGGUAACAUAUUGGGGGCUUGGUGAAGUAGGAACUGAAAGGAUGUGAUUAAUUUGUUUCUCCCUAUAGGUAUGAGGAGAACUGUUGCUUUUCACGUCUAAUAGCUUCUUGCGUUUGACACCAUCCCCGGUAAUAACAGAAAACAAACAUCUUGUGUGAAACCCUUGGCUUUUAGCCGCAGGACCUAUCGCUGCCGUUUGUAACUCCUCCCCGACCUGAUUGAUAUGCGCUCGAGUACUUUGCGUAUGCAGCAUGUGUGAGUCAACGUCUAAAGAUUGAGCUUGCUGAAGAGUAAGCCUGCCAUGUGUAAAUUGAUGUACAGUUUUCUAAAUUUUUCAGUGCACAAGGUACUGUAGGCUACCUCUCACUUAAUGUUUGACUAUAGUAAUAGGGUGUAGAGGUAAAUGCCAUAGUGUGUUGGAGUGUUUGAAUUCCCCCUUUGUCAUGGAAACGACAUUAUUUUGAUUUUGUGAUAUGGGAUAUUACAUCGCACUUUGGUCUUUUGAGGUGUGCAAGAUUCCACUCAUGCCCGAUGUAGUAAUGAGAAUGCCUUUGCUCUUAAAACGGCCUCUUGCUGUCACAUCUUAAAUUUGAAAACUGGGAUGCACAUUUGAUAAAUGGUUAAGUGGAAAAAUGUAUUGCAAUAUUUCUUUUGGUUGUGUUUAUUUGGAUGUUUUCAAUAAGUUUUUUUGCAUCUCAUUGACCUAAUGGAUAAGAUUUACACAUUAAAUAAUGCAGGUAUUUCUUCAAAGUUAGCAUAUCAUCCCUUUUAAGAGACAUAGCCUGUGUGUGUUUAUACACCACUGAACCAGGAUCGGUUUCCUGGUCGCCCAUUGCUGAUGUGUGAAGGGAGCUUUGCUUCUGUGACACUGUGUGUCCGUUUUACUUUCAGAAUGAUGUGAGGGAGUCUGACUAACCUUUCCUAUUUUUGGGGCUUUUCUGCCAUUUUCACUUUCAGAAUUUUGAAGCCUGUCAAAAGAAGUAGUUUCUUUACUAGUAAAGCUGAACCGUAUCCAUGCAUUUGAGGAGAAAACACGGUUUCUUAGUCUGCAGAACUUUAUGAAGUUUGUGCCCCUAUCAUACGUGACUGAAAUUGGACUUCAACACACAGAAAUGCUGUGGUUCACAAAACAUUUUCCUAUAGGCAUAUUUAUAUCUGUAUUUUAUAUCUAUUUAUGGAAAAGUCUAAUUUGUUUCCCCAGUUUGGCCCACUAACCAUAUUUCUUGCUAUUUUCUCAGUCCCUUUACAUCAGGAAUGAGAUUUUCCUCCAUCAAUUAAAAGCGACCAGAAUCUGGUCAUAAUAUUUUACCCACUUUUAUGUGAUGGAAACAUGAAAUUGGGAGAUUGUACCUUUCCACUGGUUUAGCAUGGAAUGUUAAAAGAUUGUAAUGCACUGCUAAUUAAAUGCGUUAUGGGUGUCCCUUAAAAUGACAUUUCCAAUAUGCGAUUCUGAUGUGUGAUUAGACCUUGCAGAAAGUUAUCGUUAGGCUAAACGGUCAACUAUAGUCCAGAUUGUAACAGCAUUGUUAUUCCUGCUAUUUUUCUUAUGGCUAUUCUUAAGCUGUUACCAAAUACAAUAGACUGAUCCAUGAAUAUUCUGUUAUGGUUAAGUGAAAAGUUAACGGUUUGCUGGGAAAGAAUUGACUGUAAAAUUGUAAUAUUGAUGCCUGUUUCCACUAAUUACGAAAAAGAAAAAAAGCAAGCUGUAAUAUCGCAUUACAUUUUCUUUUUGCAAUCUGAAGGCAUGGGUGAAAGUAUCUGUGUGCAGUUGAAUGUUAAACUAAUUUGAUGUUUUUGACGUGUGUUCAGUUAUAUAAACGGUUUCUUUAACAUCUGUUCAAAUGCGGAAUAUGAGUUGUAUUUGUUGCCGGGGGGAGGGUGAAAUGGAUUUGUUUUUGUACUUUGGGCGUUUGUAAUUGAAAAAUUUGAAUAAAGAAUAUAAAUAAGGAA